CGGCGACGCCGCCGCCGCCGUCCUUCCCCCUCGCCGACGCGUCCGCCUCGAGGGGGUGGAGCGCGCUUGCCCCCCCCCCUCGGUGCAACGACCGCCGCACCCCCGCUCCCGCGCGAGGUGCAAAUCUCAAAAAGUUUAUUGGGGAUAUAUGAAGUAGUGGAUGUUGAAUGACCUUCUCUAUGGAUUUGAACGCAUCACCAUUGCCUGAGGAAGAUGACCAGCCUUAUGAACAACAGAUUGAGGUUGAUUUGGCACAGGAGGAUCAUGUUGAGUCUGCUGUUGAUACAAUGCGAAGGGAGCGUGAAGAGAGGCGCAAAAAGUUAAAGAGAGAGCACCAGGAUGAAGGUUCAAGAUUUCAUCCUCAGCAGAUUAAGAGCGAUUAUGCUCCUUAUAACAGAGCUGGUAGAGGUCGAAUAAAAGAGGCACCUCAUGGUUGGAUGAAUUGUCCUGCGUUUGGUGAGCCAAUAGACAAAAUCAUUCCUUCCAAGGUUCCUCUUGAUGAAACAUUCAAUGACUCGGUGCCUCCUGGGAAAAGAUAUUCUUCCAAACAAGUAGUUAAUAAACAAAGAAAAGCUGGUCGUGAAAUAGGUUUGGUAAUUGAUUUGACAAAUACUACUCGAUAUUACUCACCUGCAGAAUGGACAAGGCAAGGUACUAAGCAUGUCAAGAUACCAUGCAAGGGAAGAGAUGCUGUACCUGAUAAUGAAUCUGUUAAUGUGUUUGUUUAUGAGGUGAUGAUGUUUCUUGACCGACAGAAGCAAUCAAAGAGUCCUAAAUAUAUUCUUGUUCACUGUACCCAUGGUCAUAAUCGUACUGGUUUCAUGAUAAUCCAUUACCUUAUGCGAACACAAGUGUCCUGCGUCGCUGAGGCAAUAAACAUGUUUGCAAAAAGACGACCACCUGGUAUAUAUAAGAGGGAUUACAUUGAAGCACUGUAUUCAUUUUACCAUGAGGUCCCUGAACAUACUAUAACAUGCCCUUCAACACCAGAAUGGAAAAGGUCAUCUGAUCUUGAUUUAAAUGGUGAAGCUAAGCAAGAUGACGACGAUGAGAAUGGUGAUCUUGCACCAGCACAUAAUGAGGUGGAAGAUAAAGUUAUCACUAAUGAUGAUGUGCUAGGAGACGCUGUACCAUAUGAUCAGCAAGAUGCUCUGCGCAUCGUAUGUUACCGCUUGCUGGAAAUGCACCCAGUGAGAGGGCAUGCACAGUUUCCAGGAUCACAUCCAGUCUCUCUUAACAGUGAGAAUCUGCAACUACUUAGGCAACGAUACUACUUUGCUACAUGGAAAGCUGAUGGAACCCGAUAUAUGAUGCUUAUAAUGAGGGAUGGUUGUUUCUUGAUCGAUCGGAAUUUUUGCUUCAGAAGAGUUCAGAUGCGCUUUCCCCAUAGGAAUCUUAAUGAUGGUCUACAUGAGAUGACGUUGAUUGAUGGAGAAAUGAUUAUAGACACAGUACCAGAUUCAGGAUUGAAGAGGAGGUAUUUAGCAUAUGAUCUGAUGGCACUUGAUUCUGUGUCAAAAACCAAGUUACCAUUUUCUGAAAGGUGGAGGCUGCUUGAAGAUGAAAUAAUUCGACCACGUUAUUAUGAAAAAAAACAGUUUGAGAGUGGCGUUAAGAGCAACCCGAUGUACAAAUAUGAUAUGGAACUAUUUUCGGUCAGGAGAAAGGAUUUUUGGCUUCUUUCUACAGUAACGAGGCUACUUAAGGAGUUUAUUCCAUCACUUUCACAUGAUGCUGACGGUCUUAUUUUUCAGGGCUGGGAUGAUCCAUAUGUAACUCGUACCCAUGAAGGUCUUCUUAAGUGGAAAUACCCUUCAAUGAAUUCUGUUGACUUUUUGUUUGAGGUUGGGGGCGACAAUCGUCAGCUAGUUUUUCUUUAUGAGAGAGGCAAAAAGAAACUUAUGGAUGGUUCCCGCAUAGCAUUUCCAAAUGAUGAAGAUCCAUCCUCUAUCUCGGGGAGGAUUGUCGAAUGCUCUUGGAAUAAGGAAGACGGCUGUUGGGUCUGCAUGCGCAUUAGAUCUGAUAAAUCAACUCCAAAUGAUAUCAACACAUACCGUAAGGUAAUGAGGAGCAUCACAGAUAAUAUAACGGAAGAGAAGCUUCUAGAAGAGAUACAUGAGAUCACGCGGCUUCCAAUGUAUGCGGAUAGGAUAAAGCAUGCUCAGGCAAAGAUGGCUCAUCAUCGGCGAAGAUGAGGAAAAUUCCAUCCUCACUAUUUGGUAGUGUUAGUGUUGUUGCGAUAGUGCUAGAGCGCUGCUACCAUCUAUGGCAAGCGGCGGGUUCCCGUAGUUUGUGUAAUUAGUAGAGGUGGUUGUAGGAUCUUAUAAUGAUGGCUGGUUAAGCCAACUAAUUCUUUGUACCUCAUGUAGUCUCACCAUCCCCCUGUAUAGGCGUCGUUGCAGAGUAGCCUUGUAAAUCGUGUAUUGUGUUUAUGCAUUCUCUCCUAUGGUUUUAUUUCAUGGGUGUAGAAUAGCUUUAACAAGAGGGUUUGUGUUCCAAGUCUGCCCAUUAGCAUUUUGUCUUCCUGUGUUGGGAUAAUAAAUGGCUCGUGAACUGUUAUUCUUUUGCA